GUCCGCCCCCUUGUUCCACACUUCCUGUUUGUGUGUGUGCGGAAACAUGCGGUCCUUAGUGGGCUUAGGAGGUGUAAUUUUAAUUUCUACUUUAUAUCUGUAUUAUCUGUCCUCUUAUCUCCCUCCUGUACCGCGGAUGAUCAGACAGGACCGAAUGGCAUCGGAGAUAAAACCCGGAGGAGAGCAGGAAAUGCUCAGGUUAAAGUUCCCAUCCGAUCUGCAGGAGUUAAAGCAGAUGGCUGGAUUGUUACGGUUCUAUAAGAGGGAACACAGCAGCUUCGUCCUGCUUCUGUUCUCCAGCGCUUAUCUGUACAAACAGGCCUUCGCCAUCCCGGGGUCAUCGCUGCUGAACAUCCUGGCGGGGGCGCUGUUUGGACCCUGGCUGGGUCUCGGGCUGUGCUGUGUUCUCACCACUGUAGGAGCCUCGAUGUGUUUUCUGCUCUCUCACUUCUUCGGCAAGCAGCACAUCAUCCGCAUAUUCCCCGACAGAGUCGCCCAGCUGCAGGGAAAGGUGGAGGAGAACCGCAGCAGUUUGUUCUUCUUCCUGUUGUUCCUGCGUUUGUUCCCCAUGAGUCCAAACUGGUUCCUGAACAUGAGUUCUCCGAUCGUCAACAUCCCGCUCACACAGUUCUCACUCUCCGUUCUCAUCGGUCUGAUGCCGUAUAACCUGGUGUGUGUGCAGACAGGCGUGGUCCUGUCUGAUCUGUCGUCUCUGGAUGACGUGUUGUCCUGGAGCGUGGUGCUGAAGCUGCUGCUCAUCGCCUGUGCCGCCCUGCUGCCAUCCGCCCUCAUCCGUCGCUAUGGAAACACGCACACACAGCCGGAACACAAAGAUCGCUGAUGUACACUACACACACACACACACACACACACACACACGCAGUUUACACUGGACUUGGACUAAAUGAGUGUGUGUGUGUGUGUGUAGGAGGUGGUAUAGUGCAUUAUAAAUAUGUUGUGUAUAUAGUUUUUUUUAAUGUCAUGUGAUCAACUCAUGAUGAAUGGACCAAUAGAAACUCUCCAAAUCAACUUGCAAUAAAAUCCUGUACAUCUGUUGAACAACAA